GGAAACAGCACAUUUUUUGCAGAACCAACCAACCGCGCACGAUCUCUUGUUGAUUCUGAAAUCAUCAUUUGAUUCAUUGUUGUUUACAUGCUUCAUAUUGCAGUGGGGGGACUGGUUGUCUACGUUUUCGUUUUGCAGCAAUACUGCUGGAGAGAACUUGACACUGACUUCUAUGCACACUGACACUGACACUGACAGUGACAGUGACAGCUGAGUAACUACCUGACAGUAUUAAUUAAAUAAGAAUUGAUGUUCGGCUGAAUUCCCGAAUUUUGUUUUGUUUAAUUAAGUUAGAAGUUUAAGUCACUGUUUUUAUUGAGAUGGAUCAAAAGUGGAAAGCCAAAGAUGUCCAGAUGCGUGCAACGAUUAACCAAAAGCUGAUAGAGACUGGAGAGAAAGAAAGGUUGAAAGAAAUGCUUCGGAACAAACUUAUUGAGAGCGGAUGGAGGGACGAACUAAAAGCAUAUUGCAAAGAUGUUGUCAGAAGGAAAGGUUUGGAUCAUGUGACGGUGGAUGAGUUGGUUACGGAGAUAACGCCAAAAGGAAGAGAACUGGUACCUGAUGAUGUGAAGAAGGAACUAUUGCAGAGAAUACAGGCAUUUCUGGCCCAACAAGCGAGCAUCUGAUGAUUGGACAAUUCACACACCAACUCAUUAGUAUUCAUCUUGUUGCAUUAAGAGCUGUCACUAGAGGGCGCUCUGGAUGCAGGUUAGGCAGAGCUGUGUUAAUGAGAGAGUUGCGACAUGGAGGGACCAGUUUUCUUUGGUCACAUGGUUUCUGGACGCCAUUUUGUCUCCAAAUGCAGCACAACCCAACGUGCAGACUAGUCUGUAAAUCCGUGUUCACCCAUGAUUUGUAUGGACACAAAGUGGCUUCUAAUAGCAAGUUGUCGUAACUCUCCCAAUAUAUGGCUCUAAGGUUAGGAAAUGUAUGUAUUUUUCAAUAUUUGUCUGUGGUUGUAAUGAAAGUGAAACAGUAUGUAGGAGAUAUUCAUGUUCUUAAAUCAGAACCAUUCCAAAUUAGUUUGUUUUUUUAUUUACUUUGCAUCAAUUGUGGGGUUUGGGAGCUUGAUACAGUCAUUAGUCCUAACAGGCAUGCAACUACAGUUUGUUGAAAAAAAAGGGGAAAAAUCCAUGCUCAGCAGGACUGUUUUGUGUUUUUCAAUUUUUAUUGACGAAACUGAGAACAGAAAUGACCAAAAUGGAUGGUACAUUUCUUUUGUCAUUUCUGUGUGUCAUUAUUUCAAAAAAGUACACAUCAAAAAGUUACUGAAAGGGAUUGUCAUUACCAAACGUAUACAGACACUCUAAAGGGAGGCUGCCAAAAACAAAGAUUGACUGACCAUAAUUUAUACUGGCUGGCAAGUUUUAAGAAUUACAAUACGAGGCAUUAACAAUUUUGACUCUGGUCAGGUUUCUUUUAAGGUUGCAUUACGAUUUGAUUUCAUGUUGCACUUGUUGAGUAUUUCUUUGUGCUGUAGUUACUUGAACUUUGAUUUAUCCAUCAUUCUCUCACAAACUAUUAAAUACAUUUCUCAGGUUAAUUAGUGUUGGUAACACUUUUAAGAUUUAACUUUACUAACUUGAUUAAUUACCAGCACCCACAGUUAAAAACACUGGACACAUUGGUAUUGUCAAAGACCAGUCUCCUCACUUGCUGUACCUCAACAUAUGCACAAAAU